UAUAACACCGACGGCAUGUCAAAUCAAAAUAAAUAUUCCAGAACUCGAGAUUCCCUGUAUAAGUUACCAUUCCGAAAUAGAAUUCAAAGCCUACAAAAGCUUUUCCCAGAACUCUCUGUCGAUACCUUGAAAUGCGUUGUUGCACAGGAAUGCCAGAAACGAAUGAAAGGUUCGCAUGGAAGAUUAACAACUUCGGAAACAGUGGAGGUCAUGUACAAAAAAUUUACAAACUCUAUUUUGAUGAAUGAAGAACCAGGGAUUUUGCUUCGAUUGUCGGAUGAAGUUGGGCUAACUCCAGCUCUUCUAGCUCGAUCCAUAAUAGAAAGACAUUAUCAAAGAGAUGAUAAGUCAAAGCCUGCAAAACUCUUGGUUUCAACUCUAAUGAAAAACACUGCAUUGAUAGACGACAGAGAUUUAGCAUUUGAAACUUAUCUGUGUUUGCUUGAAGAUGAGGAGUAUGGUCCAAUAGCAGAAGCUACCAAGCAAUCUAAAGGUUAUGAAUAUGAAAUGUAUCUCCGAAUGGAACUGGAAAAUUGUAAGGUUUCCUUUCUUCAUGAAGAUCAUCUUAGGAUGAAAGGGUAUGACAAAACACCAGAUAUAAAGUUGGAAAUUCCUGUUGCUAUUGAUGGGCAAGUGAUAAACUGGAUCGAAAGCAAAGCUCUUUUCGGCGAUGAGGAAGUUCAUCGUGGUUAUCUGAAAGAUCAACUAUAUAGCUACUGGAACAGAUUUGGACCUGGGCUUGUAAUCUAUUGGUUCGGAUAUGUGGAAGACUUAGAAAAAAUUCACCAAAAUCGAAUUAUUCUUAUAAGAGAUACACUUCCUACAAAUAUGGUUCUCAUGGAUCAACAUCUAUAACUAUGAAAUUCCAUUUCCUCAUGGUUAAGAUUUCAAGUUCUUUUUAUGUGACUAGCUAGCGCUAAAAUUAUUGGGGAAAAAAAUGACAUGAUAUUUCUAACAAUGCUGUCUGUAAUAUAAUCCUUUAUUGUCAUAGCCUGACCACCAACGCAUUACAGAUCAAAAUUCGGGCCUUUCA